GCGAGGGGCGCGGGGGAGGGGGCAGGGAGGGACGCCCGCGGGUGGGCCUCCGCAGCGCGUUGCAUGGCGUGGACGGCUGUCCUGGGCGCUCCGGAGCUGAGCGACCGGGUGCUGGCGCUGCUAGGGCCGCGGGCGGGGCUGGCCGCACGGGAGGCGGUCGGCGCCACCCCAGCACACGAACACUGUGUGUGCAUCGCCCACGCAGGGGCGUCGCGCGCACCGAGACACGACUUCGCAUAUGCGUCGUGACGGGCACUUUCUGGCCACACCGCUCGGGAAACGAUGUGCUACAAGAUGGGUAUACUAGAUGUUCGGGUCGGACGCGCGCCUCCAAGGAGAGGACACAUCGUACUAGUCUGUCCUUGUGCGUCCCAGGCGGGGCCGAUCCUGGCCCGCUCGUGGUCCUUCGAGGCGGCCUCGGGCGUGGCGCGCUCCGGCGCCUGGGAGGCGUGCCUGCCCGACCCGCCGUCGCUCCACGCCUUGCUGAGGCCUUUCUCACGCCGCGCCGCGGGCGCCGCGGCGGACGAGGACGCGCCCUCCCAGCGGGCCGGCCCGCGCCGCGCUGCGGCGCUGUGCCGAGCGGCGGGCCCGGCGCCCUUCGCCGCGGCCUUCGUCCUGCUGGCGCGGCGCCCAGCGGCGGCCGAGGAGCCUCAGCAGCUCGGGCGCGCAGACGAGGAGUGCGCCAGCGUCGAGAACAUGCGGCGGUCCCCGCUCAUCGUGGCCGCGCGCUGCGGGCUGGUGGACGUCGCCUGGCUGAUCGCGCGCUGGUGCAGCCCGGAGGGGCUGAACCACCAGGACGCGAUGGGCUGCUCCGCGCUGCGCUACGCCAUCGUGAACAAGGACCACCGUACCUGCCAGUGCCUGCUCCGCUUCCCCGGGCUGGACCCCGAGCUGCCCGACCGUCGGGGCGACACGGCGCUCCUGCAGGCCGUGGGCGCCAACGCCCCCGCGGUGUGCAGGCUACUGCUGGCGCGCCGCGCUGACGCGGCGCACGCGAGCCGGGGCCAGACGGCGCUCGACCUGGCCGAGGCGCUCGGCUACGAGGGCUGCGCCGCGGCGCUGCGCGAGUGCGGGGCGCCGCGGAGCAGCAGGCGCCAACGACCCCCCCCCGUCUCUUAG